AUGAAAUAUUAUUUAAUAUAUUUAAAAGAUAAAAUCAAAAAUUAUUUUAAAAUAAAAGGAAAAAAAAUAAUAACAACUAUUGGUAUUCAGCUAUUGUUUUUAUCUUUAAUAAUAGGGAUUAUAGCACCAAUAUCAAUUUAUUUAACAAACAAUGAACCUAGCGAAUAUUUAGACAUAGUAAUAGAUCAUUUGGAUAUGCAGUAUGAUCCUAGAAACAUGACAAUUUUUGAUAAUAUGACAAGUACACCAAAUAUAUUUUUAAACCCACAUACUCAAUCAACUUAUUCAGAUGGUUCACUAUCACCCGAGACAACUAUACAAUGGCAUAUUGCCAAUGGUUAUAAUGUAAUGUUUAUGACUGAUCAUAAUGACGAAAGAGGGGGGAUAGAAGCCGAAAGAAUCGCUAAAGAGAAAUACAGCGAUAAAAUAAUAGUAAUACCAGGCGUAGAAUGGACAAACUGCAGAUGUCAUUUAGGUUUAAUAGGUAUAAGAGAAAAAGUUGAAAAAAUCAAAUGGCCUACAAAUAAAGAAAUAAAAAAGUUAAUCGAUUGGGUGCAUUCGAAAGGUGGCUUUGUAAUUUUAAAUCAUGUGCCUUGGAGUUUUUGGGCAGGAUUGGAUCAACCAACAAUGGAUGAAUGGCUAGAAAUGGGUAUAGAUUUCCUAGAGGUUGUUAAUCAAGGAACAAUAGACUAUCAAAAUAUUCUCUACUGCAAAAAGCACAAUCUACGUUAUGUUACUGGUAUAGAUUUACAUUUGUAUACUAAAGAAUUGUCAUGGACAGUUUUUAAUAUUCCAGAAGCCAAACAAUUAAAACCAACUGAUCCAAUCUCGAGUGUAGUACCUACAUUAACCGAAAAAAUAAUAAUUUCGACACUCAGAAACCAAAGUACUCAAACAUCGUUCAUAUUUGAUGCCAAGGGUUCAAUUAUUAAAGCAAAUCCAAAAAAUUCACCAACCAAUCCAAAGUUUAUUUUUUUAAGUCCAUGGAUCUAUAUUGGUAGAUUCUUUCAUUCCUUUUUUGAAAUUGAAAAGGGUCAAUAUAGUUUUGUAGCUGGCUCCUGCACCGAACAAAUAGUAAAUAUUCAUUCAAAUCAAUUAUUUUCGCUAAUAACCUGGGCAUUAAUACUGUUCUUAAUUUGUCAAGUAUUAUAUUUGUUAUUAAAAGAACUAAGCAAAUUUAUUUUAAAGAAAUUCAAUAAAAAAGGAAAUAAAGAAAUAAAAAAAGAAGAUUUUGAAAAAAAUUUUAAUGAUUCAGUUGAAAGAGAAGACAGUGAUAGUAGUACAAAUAGUGAAGACCCACUCCAAAAAACUAAAAGUACAUUUUAUGAUGAUAAUGAUAGUGAUGGUUUAUAA